CCAAACCCCCUUUUUCUUCCGUGAAUUCUUUCUUUCUCUUUCACAUCGUUAAGCAAGAAUGUCUGCAGAGACCGAGACCUUUUCCUUCCAAGCUGAGAUCAGCCAGUUGAUGAGCUUGAUCAUCAACACUUUCUACUCUAACAAGGAAAUUUUCUUGCGUGAGUUGAUCUCCAACUCUUCCGAUGCUUUGGAUAAGAUCCGUUACCAGUCGUUGACCGACCCUUCGGUUCUUGACUCUGAGAAGGAACUCUUCAUCCGUAUCACUCCCGAUAGAGAGAACAACAUCCUCUCCAUCCGUGAUUCCGGUAUUGGUAUGACCAAGGCUGAUUUGGUCAACAACUUGGGUACCAUUGCCAAGUCUGGUACCAAGGCUUUCAUGGAGGCUCUUUCCUCUGGUGCUGACAUUUCCAUGAUUGGUCAAUUCGGUGUCGGUUUCUAUUCCGCUUACCUUGUUGCUGAUAAGGUUCAAGUCAUCACCAAGCACAACGAUGAUGAACAAUACAUCUGGGAGUCCGCUGCUGGCGGUUCUUUCACCAUCACCCGUGACGAAGUCAACCCUUCUCUUGGCCGUGGUACUGAAAUGCGUCUCUUCAUGAAGGAGGAUCAGCUCGAAUACCUUGAAGAGAAGAGAAUCAAGGAUAUUGUCAAGAAGCACUCCGAAUUCAUCUCCUACCCCAUCCAACUUGUCGUUGAAAAGGAAGUUGAGAAGGAAGUUUCCGACGACGAGGCUGAAGAAGUGAAGGAGGAUGAGAACAAGCCCAAGAUUGAGGAAGUCGAGGAUGAAGAAGACAAGAAGGAGAAGAAGAAGAAGACUAUCAAGGAGAAGACCAUUGAUACCGAAGAGCUCAACAAGACCAAGCCUUUGUGGACUCGCAACCCUGAGGAUAUCAAGCAGGAAGAAUAUGCUCACUUCUACAAGACCCUCACCAAUGACUGGGAAGAUCAUUUGGCUGUCAAGCACUUCGCCGUUGAAGGUCAGCUCGAAUUCCGUGCCAUCCUUUUCGUUCCCAAGCGUGCUCCUUUCGAUCUCUUCGAAGGCAAGAAGAAGCGCAAUAACAUCAAACUCUAUGUCCGCCGUGUCUUCAUCAUGGAUGACUGCGAGGAACUCAUUCCCGAAUGGCUCUCGUUCAUCAAGGGUGUUGUCGACUCUGAAGACUUGCCCCUCAACAUUUCUCGUGAAAUGCUCCAGCAGAACAAGAUCAUGCGUGUGUUGAAGAAGAACAUUACCCGUAAGUCCAUCGAGAUGCUCAUGGAAAUCGCCGAAGACAAGGAGAACUUUGACAAGUUCUACGAGGCCUUUGCCAAGAACAUCAAGCUCGGUAUCCACGAAGAUUCUCAGAACCGUCAGAAGCUUGCUGAAUUGUUGCGUUACCACUCUACCAAGUCUGGUGAUGAAAUGACCUCUUUGAAGGACUAUGUUACCCGUAUGCCCGAGAAGCAGAAGAACAUCUACUACAUCACCGGUGAAUCCCGUGCUGCCGUUGAGAACUCUCCCUUCUUGGAAGGUUUCAAGAAGAAGGGUAUUGAAGUUUUGUUGAUGACCGAUCCCAUUGAUGAAUACUCCACCACUCAGCUCAAGGAAUACGACGAUAAGAAGCUUGUGUGCAUCACCAAGGAAGGUGUCGAAAUUGAGGAAGACGAGGAAGAGAAGAAGGCUCGCGAGGAAGAAGAGAAGAAGUUCGAGGACCUUUGCAAGUCUGUCAAGGAAAUCCUCGGUGACAAGGUCGAAAAGGUCGUCAUCUCCAACAAGCUUACCGACUCUCCCUGUGUUCUCACCACUGGUCAAUUCGGUUGGUCCGCUAACAUGGAACGUAUCAUGAAGGCUCAGGCUCUCCGUGACAACUCCAUGUCCGCUUACAUGGCUUCCAAGAAGACUUUGGAACUCAACCCCCACCACAGCAUUGUCAAGGCUCUUGCCCAGAAGGUCGAAGCCGACUCGAACGAUCGUACCGUCAAGGAUCUUACCACCUUGUUGUAUGAGACCUCUCUCUUGACUUCCGGUUUCUCUCUCGAUGAUCCCUCUGACUUCUCCCGUCGCAUCACCCGCAUGAUCUCCCUUGGUUUGAGCAUCGAUGAUGAAGAGCAGACCCCCGAGGAGACCUCCACUGAAGUUCCUCCUCUUGAGGAUGCUGGUGCUUCCAAGAUGGAAGAAGUUGAUUAAAUUAAUUGAAUUUCAUAUUACUUUUUUCAUUCUCUUUUCUCUCUCUUUUCUUUUUUAGCUUUCGCAAAAAGAGAAAAAGAAUUGCUGUGUAAAUAAAAUCCCGUCAACGAUUUGGGCACUUUGAUUGAAUA